GCAGGCUCAGCUAUGAUGGCAGCUGCGGGCUGAUAUCAAUACCACACUGAAUAUAAACUAUUGAAAAGUUGGCGGAAAGCCCCCGGACACAUCGCCGUGAAGCAACCUAAGCACUUCCAGAUAGCACGCGCUCCAGACACGCCCCUGCCCGGUUCGGGAACGUGGCACUAUGCCCGCAGCUACUGUGGAUCACAGCCAAAGAAUAUGUGAGGUUUGGGCAAACAACCUGGAGGACGAGCUGAAGAGGAUCCGACAUGUCAUCAGAAAAUACAACUACAUUGCCAUGGACACAGAGUUUCCAGGCGUCGUCGCCAGACCCAUCGGAGAGUUCAGAAGCAACGCCGACUACCAGUACCAGCUGCUGCGCUGCAACGUGGACCUGCUCAAGAUAAUACAGCUCGGACUCACUUUCAUGAAUGAGCAAGGGGAAUAUCCUCCAGGAACGUCAACGUGGCAGUUUAAUUUUAAGUUUAACCUCACAGAAGACAUGUAUGCACAGGACUCCAUCGAGCUCCUGACCACUUCAGGGAUCCAGUUCAAGAAGCACGAGGACGAAGGCAUCGAGACACUUUACUUUGCGGAGCUGCUGAUGACGUCUGGGGUGGUGCUCUGCGACGGGGUCAAGUGGCUCUCCUUCCACAGCGGCUACGACUUUGGCUACCUGAUUAAGAUUCUGUCCAACGCCAACCUGCCCGAGCAGGAAGUGGACUUCUUUGAGAUCCUCCGCCUGUACUUCCCCGUUAUCUACGACGUCAAGUACCUCAUGAAGAGCUGCAAAAACCUGAAGGGCGGACUGCAGGAAGUGGCCGAGCAGCUGGAGCUGGAGAGGAUCGGACCGCAGCAUCAGGCCGGAUCCGACUCGUUACUCACAGGCAUGGCGUUCUUCAAGAUGAGAGAGAUGUUCUUCGAGGAUCAUAUCGACGACGCUAAGUACUGUGGUCACCUGUACGGCCUGGGCUCGGGCUCGGCCUACGUCCAGAACGGGACGGGGAACGCUUACGAAGAGGAGGCCAACAAGCAGCAGUCGUGACGUCGUCCCGAACCGCUGCCGCGGCGCCGUCCGGCUCCACCGUGAGCGCCGCGCCGCGCCGACGAGCCCGCCGCCCGACGACCAGAAGAGAAAACUAACCAUACAUAUGCAUCAUUUAGCCAGAUGUUUGUCGUAGGCUCUGCUCACCUCACCGCCGAGUCAGGAACACGGAGACCACAGCUGUGCUCGCACACACACACGCACACACACACACACACACACACACACACACACACACACACACACACACACACACACACACACACACACACACACACAGUUUAGUCUUUUAUUCCUCUGUAGCCGGUGUGGUUGGUUCAGUUACAUGCUUGACGGGAUUUUAGUUCUCCUGAAGUGUUCUGUGUUUUUUGCACUUUAAAGCUCUAACCUGGUUUUAUAUGGAAAGCUGAAGACGUUUCCUCUCCGUUGCCUUCUCUACGUUCCCUUCUUCCAUCGUUGAAACAUGUGAAUCUUUACUACCACAGCUCACCACGGUCAGCCUUAAUAUUAGCUGCAUUUCUUAUCUUUUAAGCUUUUAAUUUAUUGUGCCGGGCUGGCCGGGCGUCGAGCCGCGGCCCCGGUUCAGCGCCCAGACUCCAGACCUCCUGGACACUCCUGCCUCGCGAUGAGAGUUUGCUGUCUGUGAGUGUGUUUACGUGCAAUAAAAUACUGAAGCCUGAGUCCCGUGCCUCCCUGGACCUCGCGGGGACGCCGAACGGCCUCGUAGUGUUCUGAUUUGUGUAGCUGCUGUUUCUCCGUCAGCGUUGGAGGAAACGCUCGCGCCGGCGGGUUUUCGACCGUUCUCCCUGGAGGAGCGCCGGCCGGUGUGUGUGUGUGUAGGCGCCCUCACAGACACGAGCGCUCACCAAGCCCAGUUCAGCCCACUUGAAGAGUUCAUUGAAAAGGAGAACAGCGCUCUGUUGAGUGUUUAGGUUGAUAUUUAGAGUUCUGAUGUUGUUACGGAGGGAGAAACGACUCCUUUUCUGAAAAAGUAACCUUUUUAAAACAUGCAUCCUUCGGGUUCAUGUAGAGUUGGUUUCUUUUGUGGUUGCGGCCUUUUAACAACAUUUUGGCGCUCUCCUUUAUUUUUUUUUUUCCUCUCCUCGGUCCUCGUUGCUCUCCGGUUCAUCCAUGCUGCCUCGAUCAGCCGCAUGUACUAAAAACCUUUGAAUAAAUGCCGUGUUGUUGAGUAGCACCCAGAACUCGCAUAGGUGUGUGUGUUGAAGUGUAGGUUCUCGACUUAUUAACCUGGAAAAAACAAAUAAUAAAAACCUGACACAUUUAUCUUUCACACUGUAAAAGAGUUAAGGAUUAUGCAAUAUUAAAAAAAAAAGUGGAAUGUUUUUAGAUUAUUUUGUAAAUAAAGGCCUGAAACUUUUCUACCACAGAACGCUGUCUGUCAAUUUGUU